GAACAGCUGUCACGUGUGGACCCAUUUCGAAAUUGGACACAUCACAGAAUUACUUUGAAGCCAGAUCUUAAGGGAGCUGCUUCUCCAGCUAGCUGCCUUCUCCCCCCCUUUCCCGACGCCAUUGCACCGACGACAACUCGCGCUUUUCUGCGGAGUCGUUGUCGCUCGUUUCGCCUCUUCUUCUCCUUCUUCUGGAUGGUUUAAUAUCUGGUUUUUAUUUUCUCCGCACAAUCGCCCAAGAUGAGUUCCCUCCGGUUCCUCGAUCUCGUCAAGCCCUUCGUGCCGUUCCUCCCCGAGGUUCAGCAGCCCGAGACCAAGAUACCGUUCAACCAGAAGCUGAUGUGGACCGGGCUGACGCUCCUGAUCUUCCUGGUCAUGAGCCAGAUGCCGCUCUACGGCAUUGUCUCGUCAGACACGUCCGAUCCGCUAUACUGGCUGCGCAUGAUGAUGGCGAGUAACCGUGGCACCUUGAUGGAGCUCGGUAUCACGCCCAUCAUCUCGUCGGGCAUGGUGUUCCAGCUCCUUGCCGGCACCCACAUGAUCGACGUCAACCUCGACCUCAAGUCGGACCGCGAGCUCUACCAGACGGCCCAGAAGCUCUUCGCCCUCAUCCUCUCCGUUGGAACCGCCACCGUCUACGUCUUCACCGGCCUUUACGGCCCCCCCAGCGAGCUCGGUGCCGGCAUUGUCUUUCUCCUGAUCCUCCAGCUCGUCGUCGCCGGCAUGAUCGUCAUCCUCCUCGACGAGCUCCUCCAGAAGGGAUAUGGUCUUGGCAGCGGUAUCUCGCUGUUCAUUGCCACCAACAUCUGCGAGUCUAUCAUGUGGAAGGCCUUCUCGCCGACCUCGAUUAACACCGGCCGCGGCCCCGAGUACGAGGGUGCCGUCAUCGCGCUGUUCCACCUGUUCAUGACGUGGCCCAACAAGCAGCGUGCGCUGCAGGAGGCUUUCUACCGCCAGAACCUGCCCAACAUCAUGAACCUGUUGGCUACCCUCGUGGUGUUCGCCGCCGUCAUCUACCUCCAGGGCUUCCGCGUUGAGAUCCCCGUCAAGUCGUCGCGCCAGCGCGGUGCUCGUGGCUCGUACCCCGUCCGCCUGUUCUACACAUCGAACAUGCCCAUUAUGCUGCAGUCCGCCCUGUCCUCCAACGUCUUCUUGAUCAGCCAGAUGCUGUACUCGCGCUUUUCGGAGAACCUGCUGGUCCGCCUCUUCGGCGUCUGGGAGGCCAAGGACGGCUCUUCGCAGCUGUCUGCCGUUUCUGGUCUCGUCUACUACAUGUCCCCGCCGCUCAACUUCAAGGACGCCCUGCUGGACCCGAUCCACACCGCCGUCUACAUCGCCUACAUGCUCACUGCCUGCGCUGUCUUCUCCAAGACGUGGAUCGAGGUGUCUGGCUCGAGCCCCCGUGACGUUGCCAAGCAGCUCAAGGAUCAGGGCCUCGUCAUGGCUGGCCACCGCGAGCAGAGCAUGUACAAGGAGCUCAAGCGCAUCAUCCCCACCGCCGCUGCCUUUGGUGGCGCCUGCAUUGGUGCCCUCUCGGUUGCCAGCGACCUCAUGGGUGCGCUCGGCUCUGGUACCGGAACCCUGCUUGCCGUCACGAUCAUCUACGGUUACUUUGAGAUCGCGGCCAAGGAGGGCGAUCUCGCUGGCAUGAAGGGCAUGAUCAUGGGCUGAACGCAGCUCAGCACGCAAGCUCCACCGCAGCGUAGCUGCGGUAGCCAGCUACAUUUCACCCCGAUCGACUGCCCAUGUUGACGGGUUUCCACAUGCGGUAUUAUUUCCUGUUGUAGAUGACUGUAAUUGUCCGGUGAUCCAAGCACGGG